AUGGUGCACUCAAAAUCCUCGUCUGCCUCUGAUGACGAGGCCAUACUGACCCUUCCUCCUCCUCCUCCAACCACCUUCCACCCAGCCUUUGCCGUUAACAACAUCAAGAACGCCAUACCCACGGUUCUUGAUCAAGAAACCUGUCACUAUGCGGCGUGGGUGGAGUAUUUCCAAAUUCAUGUGUGUGCGUUUAACGUCAGUGAUCACAUCGAUAUUACUGUCCCCAAACCCACAGAUGUUGAUGACCGUACAUGGACGAGGCUAGACGCAAUUGUAAAGCAGUGGAUUUACGGCACAAUCUCUCAAGACCUUGCCCAUACAAUCAUGAAAUCCGGAGCAACGACAUACCAAUUAUGGAAAAGAUUGGAGGAUUUAUUUCACGACAAUAAAACAACCCGGGCAGUUUACUUGGAGGAUCAGUUCACAAACACAAAACUGAUCGAUUUCGCCAAUACAACUGAAUAUUGUCAACAAAUCAAGCUUCUUGCCGACCAAUUAGCGGACGUAGAUAAUCCGAUCUCGGAAAAACGGAUGGUGUUACAGUUGGUCAAGGGGUUAGCAAAGGGUGAGUAUGACACAAUAGCAACCAUGAUUCAGCAAAGGGCCAAUCAAGACGACAGCCUCGACACAGCACUCGUUUCCCCACAACCACCGUCGUCCGGCAACGGUACGGCAACCCAGCCGCACAAUCAGCCACAAACCGGCUGA